AGCCGCAGCAGAGUCCAGACCUCUGGAUAGCGGGCUGCUGUGAACCUGCACCACCUCCCGUCUUUGAAACCUGACUGAUUAAUCUCGCAGCAGGACUUCCAUGAUGAAUAAAAAGUGAAAGGAUCUGUGCCAGCCGUUUGUCUCCCGGAUCAGUUUGGUGAUGGUGAGCAAGUGUUUCCUGAGGACCUGAUAGAAGACUGGAUGUGGUUGUAACUAUGGUUACGUCAGGGUGGGGGGCGUGGGCCCUCUCCCCCUGUGGCCUCGUGCUGAUCAUCUGUUCGUCUGUGUGUCUGUCCCAGCAGCCUCACAUCAAACCAGCAGACUGUAGUCGAAAGGAGCAUCCUGUUGUCUCUUACCAAGCGCUGAGGCCGUGGAUGUCGGAGUUCUCCCACCCAGGAGUGAAGGAUUUCUCCCAGCUGGCCCUGGACCUGAGCAGAAACCAGCUGAUUGUGGGAGCAAGAAACUUCCUCUUUAGACUGAAUUUGAGCGACGCCUCACUUAUACAGGAGGCAGAAUGGGCGCCCGAUGAAGACACAAAGCGCUCAUGUCAGAGCAAGGGGAAGUCUGAGGAGGAGUGUCAAAACUACAUCCGGGUUUUGCUUAUAAGUGGGGGGACGCUCUUCAUGUGUGGGACCAAUGCUUUCACCCCAGUCUGCAUAACCAGGCAGAUUGAUAACAUCAGCCAGGUGUUGGACACAGUGAAUGGUGUUGCCCGCUGUCCCUAUGACCCACGCCACAACUCCACUGCCAUGGUAACAGAGCGGGGCGAGUUGUAUGCUGCUACAGUGAUCGACUUCUCAGGACGUGACCCCGUCAUCUACAGGAGCCUGGGGAACAUGCCGCCACUGCGCACCGCCCAGUACAACUCCAAAUGGCUCAACGAGCCUAAUUUCGUGUCUGUGUAUGAGAUCGGUCGGUUUGCCUACUUCUUCCUGAGAGAAACUGCUGUUGAAAACGACUGUGGGAAGAUAGUGUUCUCUCGCGUGGCCCGGGUCUGUAAGAACGAUAUGGGUGGACGUUUCCUGUUGGAGGACACCUGGACCACCUUCAUGAAGGCCAGACUCAACUGCUCACGCUCAGGAGAAAUCCCCUUUUACUACAACGAGCUGCAGAGCACCUUUUACUUACCAGAGCAGGACCUGAUCUAUGGCAUCUUCACCACUAACGUGAACAGUAUAUCAGCUUCUGCCGUCUGUGCCUUCAAUCUGAGCUCCAUCACCCAGGCCUUCAACGGACCCUUCCGCUACCAGGAGAACCCCCGCACCGCCUGGCUCUCCACCCCAAACCCCAUACCCAAUUUUCAGUGUGGCACACUGGAGGAGGGAGGUCCCGGGGGGAACCUGACAGAGCGCAGCCUCCAGGAUGCCCAGCGACUCUUCCUCAUGAACGAUGUGGUCCAGCCGGUCACCAUCAACCCUCUGCUCACCCAGGACAACCUGCGAUUCUCCAAGCUGGUGGUGGACAUCGUGCAGGGCCGAGACACCCUCUACCAUGUCAUGUACAUUGGCACUGAGUACGGCACCAUCCUGAAGACUCUCUCCACAACCAAUAAAAGCCUUCAAGGCUGCUACCUGGAGGAGCUCAGGCUCCUCCCUCAAGGGCAGAUCGGACCAAUCAAGAGCCUGCAGAUCCUCCACAGUGACAGAUCUCUGAUAGUUGGGCUUGAUGACAGACUGGUGAAGAUCCCAUUAGAGCGCUGCUCCAGCUAUCCAACUGAACGUCAGUGCAUGGAAGCUCGGGACCCUUACUGCGGCUGGGAUCACAAACAGAAGUGCUGCACCACCAUUGAGGAGAGCUCCAACAUGAACCAGUGGACCCAAAACAUCACUGAGUGCCCAGUGAGGAACUUGACACAAGAUGGCGGUUUUGGUUCUUGGGCGCCAUGGCAACCUUGUAACCAUGAUGACGGUGAGGGCUCCGUCAGCAGCUGUGUGUGCCGGUCGCGCUCGUGUGAUGGACCUCUGGCCCGAUGUGGCGGGGUCGAAUGUAAAGGCCCAACUAUCCAGGUGGCAAACUGUUCCAGGAAUGGCGGUUGGACUCCCUGGUCUUCAUGGGGCCAGUGCAGCAGCAGCUGUGGUAUCGGAUUUGAGGUGAGGCAGCGGUCCUGCAACAACCCCUCUCCUCGCCACGGGGGUCGAAUCUGUGUUGGCCAGGGUCGAGAGGAGAGGCUGUGCAAUGAGAAAAAGCCGUGUCCCCUGCCCGUGUUGUGGACAGCGUGGGGCCCCUGGGCUCACUGCAGUGCUGAAUGUGGAGGGGGCGUCCACUCCAGGACCAGAACCUGCGAGAAUGGCAACAGCUGUCCUGGAUGCUCCACGGAGUAUAAGGCCUGUAAUCUGGAGGCCUGCCCUGAGGUACGCCGCAACACCCCCUGGACCCCCUGGAUGCCAGUCAAUGUCAGUCAAGAUGGGUCAAGGCAGGAGCAGAGAUUCAGGUACACCUGCCGGGCACUGCUCCCCGACCCCCAGCAGCUCCAGCUGGGCAAGAAGAAGAUGGAAACCCGGUUCUGCCCCAAUGACGGGUCUGGAGCCUGCCAGACUGACUCUCUGGUUGAAGACUUGGUGAAGACUAGUGGGCGAACUCUGUCCCAGCCCCAAGGUGUGCGCUGGGGAUUGUGGGAAACCUGGUCCAGCUGUUCUCAGCAGUGUUCCAGAGGCUUCCGAACCCGCAAACGUAGCUGCUCGACCGCAGAGGGCAGGACCAACCCCAGCGCCUGCGUAGGAUCCCCAGUGGAGUAUCAGGACUGCAACACUAAACCGUGCCCAGUGAGUGGAGCCUGGUCCUGCUGGUCCUCCUGGUCACAGUGCUCGGCCAGCUGUGGGGGCGGACACUACCAGCGGACUCGGACGUGCAGCAACCCACCACCCGCCAGCGGAGGAGACAUCUGUAUAGGCCUGCACACUGAGGAGGCGCUCUGUAAUACACAUGCCUGCGAAGAUUGGGGUGAAUGGACAGAGUGGGGGGACUGUGAUGAAGACGGUCGGCAGCAUCGCACUCGUCGCUGCAGCGAGGACCAGCAGGCUGAGGCCAGCCUCUGCCAGGGUAACAUCACCCAGUCCCGGCCCUGCCAGCCUCACGAGGUGCCAGUUAUUUUACCCGGACAGGAGGACCAGAGCUGUGGAACCUUUACUUUGUUCCAGUUAGUAGCUGUGGGCUCGGCCAGUUUCUUCGCAGCAGCAUUACUGUCAGCACUGGCCUACACCUACUGCCACCAGCUGAACCGACCAUCAGCAGAGUCUGCGGUCAUCCACCCCAGCACACCCAACCACCUCACCUACAACAAGCAGGGCAACGCCACGCCAAAGAAUGAGAAGUACAUCCCCAUGGAGUUUAAGACUCUAAACAAGAACAAUCUCCACGUGAACGACGAGACGUGCAACCACUUCCCCUCCCCGCUGCCCUCCAGCAACAUGUUCACCACCACCUACUACCCACCCAGCCUGAGCAAGUACGACUUCCAUCCAGACUCCCCCUGCAGGACCUACAUGCACAGCUGAGAGGAGGCCAGGCUCUGAAAACAAACCAGCCCUCUUCACUCACCCAAACACCACCCUGAAGUGUUUCCUCAUUCAAAGAAUACACCAAGAUUUUUGAUCCUGUUACUCCAGAAGUAAACACUGAAAUUGCUCUCAUGUUCCUCACAAAUUUUUGGAUCUGUUAAUGAGAUCUUAAAGUCUUGCUUCACCCAAAUUACACUUAUUUUUUGUGGUAUCUUGCCAUGCAGAUGGUUUUGGUUUGAUUUGCCCAGGUGCUAUGAUACCAGAAUUUCGUUUCUUGCGCCGACAUCAACUAAAAAUUACAUUUUAAAACAAUUCAUCAUCUUUUCCAGAAACAUUGUUUUCUUUCCAUCAUGCACAGUUGCUACAUUACAUGCAGUUUUUCGUUUGUGAGUCACGACAGCAGAGAAGUUUAAAGCGGGAAUGCAGGACUAUUACAUAUAAAUAACGUCUGUUUCACACACAGUGCUCAUCAAGCCUAUGCCGUCUGGUAAAGCUCUCUGUAUUAUUCACUAUAGCAGAGCUGUGGUGUCUGUGGCAACUUUGCCACACUGGCGCACUGGGAGUAAUGUGUUUCAUAACUCCAUACCAGCAGGCGGCGGUAGUCUCUAUUUGUGAUUAAAAAAAGGGAAACCAGAGGACCGACGGGACAGAUUAAAGAUGCUAAUUAGCCAGCUAGCACAUUAACAACACAACACAUUGUUAAAAGAACAAAUGAUAUUUACUGUGCACUCGCAAACAUAAAUACAAACAAAUACAUAGCCUACUGGCUAAAAAAAAAUAUCUUACCUGAUAUAAAAAGUUUGUGUUAAUCUCACGCCGUCUUGACUGAGGCUGUCUGUUUGCUGUCCUCACUUCCGUUCCGCAGGACACAACAAAAUAACUAGGGCAACAGACGCUCACCGUUGCGCUGACAUUGACCAACGGCCAGCCAUCAGCGUGGUGUUUCAGGGCCCUCAAAAAUACCAAGUUUAGUACCCAACCGGGAGGGGGAGAGUCCAUAGCGACAGAGCAGCAGCUAGGAUUGUGGCAGAAAAUCCUAAGAAGUGCCCAGGAAAAGUUUCUGGAUUGGGUGCUCCCAUUAAAAAAAAAAACCUUGAUGUUCAGAGAAUGGACUUAAGUUAAAAAAAAAAAAGAAAGAAAGUGAUCGCGGGAGCUCAUCUGCAGGCAAACGUCAUAAGCGCGUCAAUAGUGUUUGUGUAAUUACUGUUACUUCCGGAGGGGGGAGACAAAAGUUAGACUUGGGUACACACCGAAACACUCUUGAAUUUAUCAUUGCAUUAAAUCUUAUUCAGUAGCAUUAAUGUGACUUUGGGUGUCAUUUUAGUUGUUUAGUAACAAGGAGUGUAGUCAGGACAACCACUGUCCUUGUUUCAAAUUUCAGGAUGCAUCUGCGUGUAAGCCACAACCAACACAAAAGGUAUGCAGCAGCCUUUACCUCCCCAUGUUUUCAUCUGUUCUCUAAAUGAAACCAGCACCUACAGUUCAGGUGCCCCCCCCCCCCUCCUUCUUACGUCACCCACCCUGAGGUGCUCUGUUUGUGCUCAGGGCAGUUUGAGAGCAGGGUAGGACCCAGAGCUCCAGGCCUUCUGGUAGACUUCCUGGACAAUGUGCGUACCUGGAUUUCCACUGGACUGAGAAGAGACUCAUCUGCUGGUUGUUAUUUGGGGGAUUUUCCUUUUCCUCAUUUUCAGCAGGUGUGUUCGGAGGACUCAGUGACACUGUAAGAUAUUGUAGCUUGGACACUUAAGUGUGGGUUUGCCUCAGAAAAGACAGUGAUGUGAAUGAAGUGAAGAAACAAACAGAGACUUACAGACUUCUGAAUUAUUUGCUUUAAUUUUCAUGUUUAGCAGAAACCACAACAACACUGAAGAGGACAUUUCGGACACACCUCACUACGUACUGUACUGUGUUAAAAAAAUGAACGUCUGUUGACUUCUCUGACAGCAGAUUAUAUGAGUUAUUUUAGGUGUAUUCACAGAUGUCACUGUUUGUAUUUGUAUCUGUAUCUGCUGAGGGAAAAAAUGAUUUAAUUUUGCGAACAUGUGGGUUAUUUUUUUGUCAGUCACACUCAUAUUUUCUGGAUGUUAAUGCAUUGAAGGAAUACUUCACCAGCAGAAUGGCUGUUUGUUAAUCAAUUACUCGACACGAGUUACAUUGAAUUUGCGAAGAUUUGUUUCUCGCGUGGCACCACGUUGACAGGAGAAUCCAAAAAGGCGAACAUUCUUCAUUACUCAAAGUGAACAGGGACAACAAUUAGCGAAAAUUAGCAUGUGUUUGGGAAGUACUGAGUAUACAACUGGAUAAAUGAGGCUUGGAUUAUACUGUUAGAGAUGUGUGACAGUUUGUAAAUUGAUGUUUUUAAUAUAGUUUUGCUGUUGUCAAACGUGGACCCCAAUGACUUCAUGAAGAAUGUUCGCCUUUUUUUGGAUUCUUCGUUCACCAUGAAGGCAUGCAAGAAAAACAAAGUUUUCUGUAAGAAUUUGAGGUAACACGCCAUGAGUAAUUGAUACACAAACGAUCACUUUGCGGGUGAAGUAUCCCUUUAAGAUUAUUGUUCAAAGAUCACCAAAUAUAAUGCAGCUGUACCUGUAUUUUACAGAGCCUCUCACCAGAGCAUGAACACACCAUAAAUCAGACACAAACUUUUCAACUGCAGUGCCAUGCAUCACGAAGUUAACUCAACCAUGUGUAUAACUGUGAUGGAUUUACUUGCUCAAGCAGGUCUCAAGUCCCUAUAUUUUGUUUUAUAGUGUACUGAAAUGAAUGGGGAACAAUGGCUGCUCAAAGGCAGGGAAAACAAGGCAGGAAAAGCUUUUGUAUGUAGAAAAUGUUCUGCAUUAAUGUAAUAAGUUAUAACUGAGGUUUUAAUAGAUGAAAAUAUGGCAAACACUGUUUUUUUGACAAUUAAGAAAAGCAUGGAGGACCAUAACUGUUUUUUUUUUACAUUUCUGAAUACAACUACUAAUGUGUAAAAAUUUGCAAGAACAAAAACACAACAAAUUUGACCUUUUACAUUCUUCUGUAUCUGCAUGGAUUUCCUCCAGGUGCUUCAGUUUUCUCCCACAGUCCAGAAACAUGCAGGUUCAGUGAACUAGCCAUACUAAAUUGCCCAUAGAUUUGAAAGUGAGUGUGAAUGGCUGCCUGUCUAUAUGUGUUGUGUACGAGGUGACAUUACUGGUGCUUGUAUAAAUAUGUUUGUCAUAUUUCUGUCGUUAUGGAGGCAUUAUGCGUGCAAGUAUUUUACAUGCCCCCUGUAAUUCAAAUUUUAGUAUCACCUUCUUUUAGGGGUCAAUAAUUUCAGAAUAAUUUCAAAAAAUAUCCUGGAUAAAACAUUGUAGUUUGGUACAAGUUAUAGGGGAAUGUCCUUGAUUAAAACAUUUUCCAUUUUCCAAAAUGACAUAGUUCUUUACAGGAUACGUCUUGGACAUUAUUCUGAAAUUACAUAUUGAAGUAAAUAAAAUAUUUUCACAAGCUCUACAUUGAGAUAGCUCCAAAAUAGUGGGCUAUUAAAACAGGACAGUAUUGCUAAUAUUUAAGUUACUCCGUGCUGUAAAAUGUAUAUUGCAUAUCUUCUCUUUCUAAAUUGUAAAUACCAAGAAAUGAAUCCAGGUGUUUUUCACCAUCUGCAGUGUUAUGUAGCAUGAAACAAACAGCCCUGAUAAUAUGUGUUCACGUUUGGGUGCUCGACUGCAUGCACUGACACUCUUAUGCGAAUACACAGUACAUGUUUAUGUAAAGUGUACACAUGUGUUCGUAUGUGUUUGGCCCAGACAAUGAAAUAUUAAUUUUUAAAGAGGCACCCUCAGCCUGUGCUGUGGCAAAAAAAGGUUGUGUUUUGUAUUUAAAUAUCUUCAAACGGGCCCCUAAAUGGAUUUGUUUUGCUCCCAAGAGACACUUCUGCUGUUAUAAUAUGAUGUGAAUUUGACUAAACACUGCCUUUUGGACACUGUGAACUUUUGGUACUCUAUAUUUUUGUAUAAUGUACACUGUAAAAAAACAAACAAAAGAUGAAUAAAUCAAUUCUUUGUGUCAA